AUGGCAACUCUGCGACGGGCUCUUCGCCCAUUUUCUAGCGCAUCACUCUCUACUACUGCGCGGCAGUCCUGGGCAUGCUCAGCUCACCGACAUUUACUCACCCAACGUCUUCAACGCGGGCUUGCGUCGGCGCCGAAAGCCGCCAAGAAGCCCUACUAUGUGACGACCCCAAUCUUUUAUGUCAAUGCUGCUCCUCAUGUCGGCCACUUUUUCACCAUGGUCAUCGCAGACAUUCUCAAGCGGUGGCAGAUCCUCCUCGGCAACGACGCAAAGCUUUUGACUGGAACCGACGAGCACGGCAUGAAGAUUCAACAGGCAGCCGCCGCAGCUGGGAUGGACACACAAGGCUUCUGUGAUAUGAAUUGCAGGACAUUCGAGUCUCUGGCAAAGGCAGCAAAUCUCGACAAUGACCACUUCAUCCGGACCACGGAUGCGGCUCACCGUGACGCUGUUCAGUAUUUCUGGGAGAUGCUAAACCACCGUGGCUACAUCUAUACCUCGAAGCACGAAGGGUGGUAUUCCGUGAGCGACGAGGCUUUUUAUCCGCAAACCCAAGUUCAGAACUCCUUGGAUCCUACGACUGGACGAAAGCGCAUGGUCUCAAUUGAAACGGGCAAGGAAGUGGAGUGGGCUUCUGAAGUCAAUUAUCAUUUCCGACUUUCUGCGUUCAAGGAUCGCUUGCUGGAGCUUUACAACCGACCAGGCUCUUUCAUCACGCCUUCAAAGUACGCGACUGCGGUGAUUCAGUCGGUGUCGUCCGGUUUACAAGACCUCUCAAUCUCUCGGCCGGCUGAGCGAUUGUCAUGGGGCAUCCCAGUUCCCGGUGACAGCACACAGACCAUCUAUGUAUGGCUGGACGCACUUGUCAACUACCUCACUUACGCAGGAUAUCCAUUUCCGCCAGGGUCGCAGAAUUCGUCUAUCUGGCCUGCCGAUGUACAUGUCAUUGGUAAAGACAUCGUCCGCUUCCACUGCGUCUAUUGGCCAGCCUUCCUGAUGGCUCUGGACCUUCCUCUUCCUCGGAACGUUCUUGUCCACGGCCAUUGGACCAUGAAUCGGGAGAAAAUGUCCAAGUCGACCGGCAACGUGGUCAAUCCGUUCUUUGCCAUUGAUCGGUUCGGAGUUGACGGCAUGCGUUUUUUCCUCGCCUAUCAAGGGGGCCUGUCAGAUGACGCAGACUACGAUAACUCGUUCAUCAUCCGUGAUUACAAGAAAUGGCUCCAGGGUGGAAUCGGCAACCUAGCGUAUCGUACCAUUGGGUGUGCCAAGGGAAAGCUGCCGUCGUACAUUGAGAAUGCCACGUCGAAUAGUCUCCCUGCUGGAACCGCUGCCGACGAUGAGCAUCAAGCCAUGCUUAUCGCUACGCCGCUCAAGGUUGCCGAGCACAUGACCGCACUGAACCCGCGCGCGGCAUUGCAGGAGAUCAUGACAAUCAUUGAGAAGACUAACAAGUAUUUCCAUGCGGCGGAGCCGUGGAAAAGCGCCAGCCCCGAAUGGGUCCUGUACAACACCGCCGAGUCGCUGCGCAUCUCUGCCAUUCUGCUGCAGCCCUUCCUGCCGGAGAAGUCGCAGGAGCUUCUCGAACUUCUUCGUGUGGAUAUGUCGGAUCCAUCGAAGCGGGCCUUCUCCGCGACCGUCUAUGGCUCCGAUUCAAGCUACGGCCAAGGCAUCAAGAAGGGGAUGCUGUUCCCUCCUUUGCUCACUGAGGAGUAA